UGGAAAGUGCUUCUGUACGCUAUAUGUAAAAUUCACACUUUCUAUCUGAGAAACAGGCCAAUUGGUGAUAAUCACCGCUGACGGCUCUGUUUUCAACUCUUCCCCCGACUACAAAAGGCUAAUUUUGCCUUUUAAAUCCAGGCAGAAGCCGAAGCCGAAGCCGAACGCACCUUUCGAAUUAUGCCAUCUUGUUUUACAGCCUGGCGCACGGCACACAGCCCUAGCCUCCAACUAUGUCCCACCUACAGAUGGAAGUCCACAUAGCGCGCAGCAAGCGCGUGCCUAUAAAGUGAUUUCAUUGAGUUCAAACGUCAAAAGCGGAUAUUGCACCAAGCGACAAGAUGUCCCUCACUGUGAAAAACAUUUCUGUUACUUACAAUCCUAUCAAUCAGAGCAAUACCUUCACCAGCGGGGAUUUCAUAUCGGGACAAGUCAUUCUGGAUGUAGCGAAGGACACACAAAUGCAGUCGUUGAGUGUGAAAAUUAAAGGGAAAGCUGAGGUGUGCUGGACAGAACGUCAUGGUCAAACAACUGUUGUUUACUCGGAUAAGGAGAAGUAUUAUUCCGUGGAGAGCUUUUUCGUUUUGGAGGACAAAACACAUGGUAAUGACCGUGAGAUGCUGAACGAUCCCACCGGGCAGCCGUAUUCUUCGGUUGUUGCACCAGGGCGUUACAUUUACCCAUUCACCUUUCAGUUGCCUCAACAACCCUUCCCACCAUCCUUCAAAGGUUCAGUUGGAAAAAUCGUGUAUGCUUUGGAGGCAAAACUAGAAAGAGCAAUGCGUGUUUCUAGCAAAGACAAAGCAGAGUUCCACUAUGUACCCAAACCUGAUCUGCCUGGUCCUGAACUAAUGGCACCUCAGUAUGGUACCAAAGAUAAACAAAUGAAACUCUUCACCUCUGGGAGUGUCUCCAUGAACAUAAACACAGAGAAAAUGGGAUACUACCUUGGGGAGGGCUUGAAAGUUUUGGCUGAAGUUCAGAACAAUUCGUCCCGUUCAAUCAAGCCAAAAUACUGCUUGUAUGAAAAACACAGUUUUUUUGCAAGAGGCAAGAGAAGACUUCACACACACAACCUUCUAAAAGAGGAAGGGGAACCCAUUGAGCCAAACUCAAAGAAAACUGUCACCAAAGUGCUGUCCAUUCCACCCAGCCUUACCAUCUCUAUCCUCAACUGUAGGAUCCUCACGGUUGAGUACAGACUCAGGGUCUACCUGGAUGUACCGUAUGCCUCAGAUCCUGAGAUUAAAUUCCCAGUUGUGAUUCUUCCUCCUCAGCCUGUGUCAGGUGCCAAAAACAGUGACUUUGGAAUCUGGAAUCAACCACCAGAAAGCAAUAUGUACCCCAACCCACCUCUUAUUGCUCCACGAGCCCCACCACUUAAUGUGGUUGGACCACCUGGUCAGUUUGGAGCUCCUGGUUACCCUGGUCCUCCUCAUGUACAAUUUGGAGCUCCUUGUUACCCUGGUCCUCCUCAUGUACAAUUUGGAGCUCCUUGUUACCCUGGUCCUUCUCAUGUUCGAUUAGGAGCAUCUGGUUACCCUGGUCCUCCUCAUGUUCGAUUAGGAGCAUCUGGUUACCCUGGUCCUCCUCUUGGUCAGUUUGGUGCACCUGGUCUCCCUGGACCUCCUGGUCAGUUUGGUCCAAAUUAUCAUCAGUCUGACCCAUCAGCUCCACCUCCAUAUCAAGACUAUCAAUUAUAUCCACGGUUGCCAGACCACCCUGCAAAAUCUUGACAAAAUGGUUUUAAAAUCACCUUCUUCACUUCUUUUGUCAUUAGAUAGUCUGAACAUUUUCAUGUAAAGAUUUGCAAGAAUGAUUCAUAUUAACAUGUAGCCUAUUUAUUAAUAUAAAUACUACAAAGUAAUGUUGAAUUUAAUAUGCUGAAACAUUAUCACAGUUGAAGAUUGGAUUCAAUUUUAAGUCAGAACAAUAGUUAAACAGUCUAUUAAAUAAUGCACAGUGAUGUUUUCAUAUCUUUAUUGAGGACACUUACUCUAGGCUGCACUCAAACAAAAUACUGAUACAUGUUUUAUUCUUUUUUUAAUGUGACUGACACAAUAAGUAAAACAUGUAUAGAUGUAAUUUUCAUUUAAUAUAAAUUUAUUAAGUUUUCCACUGGCUCUAUAGAUGAGUUUUUAACGAUACCCUAAGUUUAGUUUGUGACAUGACCCAAACCAAUCAGCUGAGGACAGUUUUAUAUACUGCCAGAGAUUUUAUAAUUAGGUUAAUUUGACAUGUAAUACAGUUUCAAAAUGCUGUCAAAGUGGAGUUUAGAAAACCCUUCUACCCCCAAAGCCCUUUGACUGCUAACUGUUGGUAGAUCGUUUUAUUAUGUUUGCUCAGGUAUCGGCUGUACAGGUCACACAUUUCACACCCAUAUUGAGAAAAUACUAUUAUGCGAAAAGGUUUUGAGUGACGCAAUAUUUGACAUUUGACACACAUUUAGCGAACUGCAAAAGUCUGAGGAUAACCAUGAGAUUGAGUGUUUAACCAGGUAAGCGUUUAUCCAGAAAUCCUUUACCAGUAAAGACAUGCCAUGUUAUAUAGUGACAGGGCAGUUAACAGAUGGGAACAGCCAGGAAUGUUGCCUUGAGCCCCCACUAAAGCCUUUUAUUGUAUAAUAUACUCCCAAUAAACCCACAUAAACUGCUCCCUGGGCCCUGUGAAUUUGAGGCAAAUAUUGUAGUCUAAAGAUGGCCCGCAAUACAAGAUUAUGAAGUGUACUAUUAGGAAACCAUCUUCAGUUUACAAAAUUUGCUAAGACAGCUUUUGAAUUUGGAGCAAAUCAUCUGAUGUUCCUUGACAUAUGGUUACUAAGUUUCACUAGCCUAUAUUUAUCCAAAUAUAUCAAUUAUAGUAAUCUCAUCGGAUACAAAAUUCACUUUACAAGUUGUUUGAACAUACAGGUGCAUCUCAAUAAAUUAGAAUGGCGUGGAAAAGUUCAUUUAUUUCAGUAAUUCAGCUCAAAUUGUGAAACUUGUGUAUUAAAUGAAUUCAAUGCACACAGACUGAAGUAGUUUAAGUCUUUGGUUCUUUUAAUUGUGAUGAUUUCGGCUCAC